AUGGUUUCUGCCCUAAUAUAUACUAUAUCAUCCUACAUUAAAAAGAUUUGUAAAGGAAUGUUUACAAAGAAAUUGGCAAACCCAAUAAAGAAAAAAGAGAGAAGUGAAAAUAAAGAGCCCAAAUUGACCACUGAUUUGCAAGCGCACAAUCCAACUCUCUCUACCACACUGAAAACAACAGUUAAAAAGAUUUCCAAAUGCUCUUCGGCACGUAACAUAUCCCUCGAAGAAGACGACGGAAAGAACGACUGCUCAUCCCUGUCACCCACUUUCAGUUAUCGUGUAGCUAUAGCAAAUGGACUGCCGAAAAACUCUCUUUUUUUGAAUAAUAAUGAAAGUAUCUUUCCUGAGGUUCUUUCAAUUGAUAGUAGUUACUCUGACUCUUUGAGUGACAAAAAACUUGUCAGAAGAUUGGAUGAGCAUAAAUCACACACUAUGCCAGUAAGACGAAACAGGAAGAGCCUCAUCAGUUUGGCUCCCUCUGAUGGCAGCUCUGAGGGCGAGCGAGUCGAACGCUCCAGUCUACACACACUUAGGCUAGGGGCUCUACGCAAGUUAAGAAAAUGGAAAAAGAGUCAGGAAUGUGUCUCCUCAGACUCCGAGGUGAGCAAUUGGAGGAAAACCUUGGGCAUCCGGAGCAAGUCCUUGGAUCGCGCUGGACGGCAGCAAAAGAGCUCAACCCUGGAGCCUGGCUCCUCCUCCACAGGUUGCAUCAGUCAGACCCAGGAUGUCAUGGAGAUGAUCUUCAAGGAGCUUCAGGGGAUCAGCCAGAUAGAGACGGAACUGUCUGAGCUACGUGGUCAUGUAAAUGCCCUGAAAAGCUCCAUUGAUGAGAUCUCCAGCAGUGUGGAAGUAGUUCAGAGUGAGAUUGAGCAGCUGCGCUCAGGAUUUGUCCAGUCAAGAAGGGAAACACGAGAUAUUCAUGACUACAUAAAACAAAUUAGCCACCAGGCCAAUAAUUCAACCUUGCGGUUCAUUAAUGUUCCUGAAGAAAGGCCAGAAAAAACAGAGAUUCUAAUAUAUAAAAUACUAAAAGACAAAAUGGGUUUCGUUGAUGCUCUUAAGACAAUUAAAAUUGAGCUUGCGCAUAGGUUAGGGCAACAAAGAGAAUGUUCUAAUGCAAAACCCCGCCCUAUUAUUGUUAUUUUUGCAACAACUCAAGAGAGAGAUAUAGUCUUGAAAAAGUGCUAUAAACUUAAAGGAACAGGCAUUACAGUGUCCACUGAUAGCUUAACUCAUGAAGGAAAGGAGAAGAAAGACAAAACACUGUCUUCUUCACAAACUUAUGAGAGCAUGGACAUAAAGGCCUCAGGAAAGGAUAAAGUGGUGGAGAGCGAUGACUGGGACUCAAUGGACAGUGAUAAAGAAUUAGAUGAAUUAAGCCGAAAUAAAUAUGCAAUGGUGGUUUCAAAGCCCAUUCAUAAGAGCAAAUCAGAGAAGAGGCGAUCCCAUGACCAUAGCCGGUCAGGAGAGGAAGCAGGCUACUCAGGCACAGUUCACUAUGCUGAUGACUCUUACUAUGACCCAGACAAGCAUACAAAGGCUUACUACUCUGAUUUGACCCCUGGUUGGCUUUCUCAGAGUGACUAUUCCACCCCUAAACUCAGCCGCUCUGAGUCUGACUGCUCGAAACUUUGCCAGUCAUACUCAGAAGACUUUUCAGAGAGUCAGUUCUUUACACGGGCUAAUGGCUGCUCCCUGCUGUCCUCCUCAGAUCAGGAACUGUGGCAGAGAAAACAAGAAGACAUGGCUUCCUCCUGGUAUGCUAGCGACAGUCACCCACUUGGCCAUGAGAAUCAAACAUAUGAACACAAUGAGGUUGAGACUACGGAAACUAUUGACAGUGGGGUUAGCAAUGGACUGGUCUGCAUGUCUGGGGACAGAAGCCACUACAGUGGCUCCCAGCUGUCUCUGCAAGGUGACUUAUCGCCCUGGAAAGACUGGCAUCAUCUAGAGCAGGGUGCUGAUUCUGGCUUGGAAGCCUCUAUAGAGAUUAGCAGUCCCUUUGACCCAUCAACCAUCCCUGGUUUUCCAGAAAACAUCACUAAAUGUCAAGAGGUUGAUUUACAAUUUGAGGGAGAUGAAGAAUUCAUGAUGCUUGACAGAGAAUCUUCCCUACCACCUAUAACAACCCACAUUAUUGCUCCUGUCACAGAACGUGAGCCUGUCAUCAAGACAUCUGCCAGGCAGUCUAAGGAGGGAAAUAAGAUGAUAACAAAAGAAAACACAAAAAUAUCAUCUAAAGAUACACCUAAAUCUGCUAUUAAAGUUACACCUAAACAGGCCAAAUUGGCUUCUAAAGAAGAAGCAAACAUCAAAAUAUUGCCAAAGGAAAGCCCGAAGGUAUCUGCUAAGGUUUCAUCUAAAGUGACUUCUAAAGCAGCUCCUAAAGAGUCAACUAAAGAGAUUCAGAAAUCCGCAGCUAAAGAAUCCUUUCAAUCCCUCCCUAAAGACAGCCAUAAAGUCACACCUAAAGAUGCCACAAAGCCCAGUGUUAAAGAAGUAUCUAAAGUGACAUCUAAGAUAACUUCUACUGAGGCUGCUAAAGUGACACCUAAAGUGACCCCAAAAGAUAGCCCUACAAUGACUCCUAAAGAAAGUCCUAAAGAGUCACCUAAAGAGAGCCCUAAAAUAACCCCAAUUGAGAGCCCGGCUUCAACCCCUAAAGAGUCCCCUAAAGAAUCCCCUAAAGAGUCUCCCAAAGUCAUGGCUAAAGAUUCCCCACAAGUUGCAUCUAAAGAAGGUCUGAAAGUGGUUGCUAAAGAGGUUACCAAAGAAGCUGCAAAACUACCCCCAAAAGAGGUAUUGAAAGAGAUGCCUAAUGUAGCAUCUAAGGAGACUGGUAAAGUACCCUCUAAAGAAGUUUCUAAGAUUCCACCUAAGGAAGUUUCUAAGAUUCCACCUAAAGAAGUCCCAAAGGUAGCCCCUAAAGAGAGUCCAAAGGUGUCCCCCAAAGAGACCCCUAAAACCACCCCAACAGAAGCCCCUAAAGUAGGACCCAUAGUAGCCUCUAAAGAUGCCCCUAAGGAAACACCUAAAGUCAUUCCUAAUGAUAAAUUUCCUGAACUAGAUGUCAAUCAUAGCUUCCACCAGAGUCAGAGUAAGACUACAACUAUGUACCGCAGUCAGAGUGAGAUUCGAACAGAGAAGGUUGAGGAGGUUCCCAAGACUUGGAGCAGUAGACUCAGCAUAGAUCUCAGUGAGAAGUCCUUUGGUUUUGGCUUUGGCUCUACACUGCAAAGGGCUAAGUCAGCUUUGGAGGUUGUUUGGAAGUCUGGCUCUCAAACUCCUACCCCUGCUCCUCCUGAGGAGACCACAAAUUCUUCAUUUAUGGGGCGUUUCCGCACCCUGUCCACCUCUGGUGUAAGUAACUCUAGUACUACAAUAGACUCAGAUGCCAACACAGAGCCUGUCUUCAAGAAGGCAGAGGAAGAUAAAGCAAGUGCACAGGCAGAAGCUGGGGAACAACCAGUGGACAAUGAGACCCACUAUGUUGAAGUGAUGGAGCAGGUAUUAGCUAACUUGGAGAACAGAAAUAAUGCUAAUGAGACAGAGGAGACAGAUGAUCCUGCACAGGAGUGUGAGACUUCUCAGGACUAUGAUGUGUCUGAUGACAUUGAGGCCUCUCAAGACAAUGAUCCCUUUGAGGAUUUUGAAGCCUCUCAAGAUUUUGAAGCAACAGGAGACCAUGAGACAAGUAAAGAGGCAUGUGUUCUGGAGUACGAUUUCAGUUUGGAUGAAGAGUACAAUGAAGACUAUGAUACCCAACUAGAAGAGGACACUGCUGAAUAUGACGCAAUGGUAGAGUAUGUAGAUGUAGAAGAACCAGAUGACAAUGAUGUGACUGAGGAGAUGGACGACGGUGAUGAGGAGUUAGAGGAGGUAGAGGAGAUCAUAGAGGAGGCCGCUGAGGGAUCUGAAAAAGCACAGCAACAGAAUGAGGAUGAAAACAAAAAUGUUCCAGAGGUGAAGCCUACAGAAGCCCCACCCAAGAAACAUGUGAGACCCACAUUCAAGGAAGCAGCACUGAGGGCCUACAGGAAACAGAUGGCUGAACUGGAGCAGCAGAUCCUGGCUGGGGUGUGCAAGUUCACCAAACAUCCUGCAGAGAAUGUUACAGACAAUCUGACAUUAGGAGCGAUUCCUUCACCGGCUGGCAGUAUUCUUUAUGGUAUUGACAGCAUGCCAGAUUUACGCCGCAAGAGGACAAUGCCUCUUGUCCGAGACCUGGCUUUGACCCUCACUGCUCGAAAGGCAGGCAUCUCGUUCGCUCUGGUGAACCGGUCCACCCUGAAUAAUGAGGAUCUGAAACUACAUGUCUUCAAGAAGACUCUCCAGGCCUUGAUCUACCCGAUUUCAUCCACAACACCCCAUAAUUUUGAGGUGUGGACGGCGACUGCACCCACCUACUGCCAUGAGUGCGAGGGGCUGCUGUGGGGCAUCGCCCGCCAGGGAAUGCGCUGCUCAGAGUGCGGCGUUAAAUGCCACGAGAAGUGCCAGGACCUGCUCAAUGCAGAUUGUUUACAAAGGGCAGUGGAGAAGAGCUCCAAGCACGGGGCGGAGGACAAGACCCAGAACAUCAUCAUGGCCAUGAAGGAGCGCAUGAAGAUAAGGGAGAAGAACAGUCCUGAAGUGUUCGAGGUCAUCGAGGAGAUGUUCCACGUCUCCAAAGAAGACUUCACCAGCCAUUUGAAGACAGCCAAGCAGGCUGUUCUGGAUGGGACCUCCAAGUGGUCUGCUAAAAUCAGCAUCACAGUGAUGAGUGCACAGGGCUUACAGGCCAAGGAUAAGACCGGCUCUAGCGACCCUUACGUCACCGUCCAGGUGGGCAAGACCAAACGCAGGACAAAGACCAUCUUCGGAAACCUCAACCCGGUCUGGGAUGAGAAGUUCUACUUUGAAUGUCACAACGCCACUGACCGCAUCAAGGUGCGUGUGUGGGACGAGGAUGAUGACAUCAAAUCAAGGGUGAAGCAGCAUUUCAAGCGUGAGUCAGACGAUUUCUUGGGCCAGACCAUCAUCGAGGUUCGCACUCUGAGUGGAGAGAUGGACGUUUGGUACAAUCUAGAUAAAAGGACUGACAAGUCUGCGGUAUCUGGUGCCAUCAGACUCAAGAUCAGCGUGGAAAUGAAAGGGGAGGAGAACGUGGUUCCUCCUCAUGGCCAGUACACCUGUUUACAUGAGAACCUGUUCCACUACCUGACCGAGGUGAAAAACAGCGGGGUGGUGAAGAUCCCGCAGGUGAAAGGUGACGAGGCGUGGAAGGUCUACUUUGACGACGUGUCUCAGGAGAUAGUGGACGAGUUUGCCAUGAGAUACGGAGUGGAGUCCAUCUAUCAGGCUAUGACGCACUUCUCGUGUCUGUCCGCCAAAUACAUGUGUCCCGGUGUGCCAGCAGUGAUGAGCAACCUGCUUGCUAAUAUCAAUGCAUACUUCGCCCACACCACCACCACCACCACAACCACUGCCUCCGCUUCUGACCGAUUUGCUGCCUCUAACUUUGGGAGGGAAAAAUUUGUCAAAUUACUGGACCAGCUGCAUAACUCACUAAGGAUUGACCUUUCUAAAUAUCGGGAUAAUUUCCCUGCAGGGAACCCAGAGCGUCUCCAAGAUCUCAAGUCCACUGUUGAUCUGCUGACCAGCAUCACCUUCUUCCGGAUGAAGGUACAAGAGCUCCAGAGUCCACCGAGAGCCAGUAUGGUGGUGAAGGACUGCGUGAAGGCGUGUCUGGACUCCACAUACAAAUACAUUUUUGAUAACUGUCAUGAACUGUACAACCAACUCCUUGACCAGAGCCGGAAGCAGGACAUCCCCCGAGAGGAGCAGGGUCCAUCUAUAAAGAACCUGGACUUCUGGCCAAAACUCAUCACUCUCAUGGUGUCAGUAAUCGAUGAGGACCGGACAGCUUACACCCCAGUCGUUAACCAGUUUCCACAGGAACUGAAUGCGGGCAAGAUCAGCGCUGAGAUCAUGUGGAGCCUCUUUGCCCUGGAUAUGAAGUAUGCAAUGGAAGAGCAUGACAAGCACCGCCUAUGCAAAAGUACUGAAUACAUGAAUCUUCACUUCAAAGUCAAAUGGUUCCAUAAUGAGUAUGUCCGUGACCUGCCGGCCUUCAAGGAUGUUCCGCCUGAGUAUUCUCUGUGGUUUGAGCCAUUUGUCAUUCAGUGGCUUGCUGAGAAUGAGGACGUUGCCAUGGAUUUCCUCAAUGGAGCACUGGAAAGAGACAAGAAAGAUGGAUUCCAGCAAACCUCAGAGCACGCCCUCUUUUCAUGUUCGGUGGUGGAUGUGUUCACUCAACUAAACCAGAGUUUUGAGAUCAUCAAGAAGCUGGAAUGUCCAAACCCACAGGCUCUGGCUCACUUCAUGUGCCGUUUUGCGAAGACUAUCAACAAAGUUCUUCUGCAGUAUGCUGCAAUCAUAUCCAAGGACUUUCCUUUGUAUUUGAGUAAGGAGAACGUGCCCUGCAUCAUCCUCAACAACAUUCAGCAGCUCCGUGUCCAACUGGAGAAGAUGUUUGAGUCCAUGGGUGGCAAACAGCUGGAUGCAGAGGCCAGCGAUCUACUUAAGGAGCUGCAGAAUAAACUCAACACGGUGCUGGAUGAGCUCAGCGGAGUGUUUGGCUCCAGUUUCAAAGGUGUGAUCGAGGAUUGUGUGAAGCAGAUGAACCAGGAGCUGGUUCAGAUGAAAGGUACCGCCAAAGGGAGCAACGCUGCCAUGGAUGCAGAGACUGUCCUCCGGCCUCUUAUGGACCUCCUGGAUAAAAAUUUGAUGUUAUUUGCCAAGAUUUGUGAGAAGACUGUGCUGAAACGAGUCCUCAAAGAGCUUUGGAAAAUCGUGCUGAACACCAUCGAGAGAACAAUUGUUCUGCCCCCACUGAAUGACCAGAGUGGAGCUCAGAUGAUAUUCAACGCUGCCAAGGACUUGGGACAGCUGUCCAAACUGAAGGAGCAUGUCAUUCGAGAGGAAGCCAGAAGUCUGACUCCACGACAGUGUGCAGCCAUGGACCUCGUGCUUCCCACCAUCAAGCAAUACUUCCAUGCUGGAGGAAAUGGGCUGAAGAAAACCUUCCUUGAAAAAAGCCCGGAUAUGAAGACCCUGAAAUAUGCUCUCAGCCUUUACACUCAACCUACAGAUGCCUUGAUCAAGAAAUAUAUAUGCACCCAAACCUCUCAAGGUCAGUCAUCCAACGGAUCCGUGGGGGAGGUGGCAAUGCAAGUGAAUCUCAUCUCUCACCCUGGCACAGGAGAGCACAAAGUCAGCGUUAAGGUGGUCGGAGUGAACAACCUCAUCUGGCAAACCAAUGCUAUGUUCCGGCCGUUUGUAGAGGUCAACGCCGUGGGACCACACUUGGCUGACAAGAAGCGCAAAUUCAGCACCAAGACCAAGAAUAAUAAUUGGUCACCAAAGUACAAUGAAACAUUCCAAUAUGUUCUAAGUAAUGAACAUGGUCCGGAGGCCUACGAGCUCCACGUCUCAGUAAAGGACUACUGCUUUGCCCGUGAGGACCGCAUCAUCGGCAUGACGGUCAUCCAGCUAAGAGAGCUAGCAGACAAGGGCAGCUGCUCCGCCUGCUACCCCCUGAUGAAGAGCAUCUCCAUGGACGAAACUGGCCUGACCAUCAUGAGGAUACUCUCUCAAAGGACCAAUGACGAGGUGGCCAAAGAGUUUGUGCGUCUCAAGACAGACACACGCUCGACGGAGGAAGUAUCAUAA